AGAUACAUAGAGAAGCAUUAUUAUAUUAUAUAUCAGAGUGAAUAUAUAGUAUAACUAAUCAAGGAUAAAGUAAUAACAACAAAUAAGAAUAAUGUCUGCAGAAAACGUGUUCGGGAAAGCCAUCACGGUGCUUGAAUACCCGGACAGGGAAGCGAGAGCUGCGGCGGCGAACGCGGCGAUCGAGGCGGACGACAAGCACAAGCAGGUGAAGCAGUACGUGAACAAGCUGAAGAGCGCGUACGGCGACGGCAUCUCCGUCCUGGCCACCAUCUACAACGCCACCGGCGAGAACAUUUACUUCUCCGCCUCCAAGGACUGGUACGGCAAGCUCUACACCGACUCCUCCUACCCAAAAAUCCUCCAGAACGGCCAGUGGGGCGGCUUCCUGCACUGCAAGAACGACGCCGCCCCUAGCGGCACCGAAGCCGCCGUCAUCUUCCGCGCCAAAGCCAACGACUCCUCCGGCGGCAGGGCUGACGUCGUCAUUGCUUGGGAUGAUCCUUGGGCUCCCGGCUCUAGUAACAAGGCAUACACGGAAAUAGGGGAGAACGACAAAUACAACUCGGCGUGGGAUGAGGUCCGUUCCAAACUGGGUUCGUCGGGGGCGUCCCAAAGCGGCUUUGGCUUCGGGCUCUACUCCACCGUUACCAUUCCACAGGAAAGCUCCCCGAUUCUUGAGGCUGUUCUCGCUCUUGAGUGAUCGAAUUAUUGCCCGCCCGCCCGCCGGAACUCAUUUACUUACUUUGCAUGGCGAUCAAAAUAAAUGCAUGGGCUCCAUCAUCAUUAAUCCUGGGAGGAACUUGAUCUGAUGAUGUUCGCCCUCAAUAAAUCCAAAAUAAAAUGCUGUUUGUUUUUGUUUGGUGUGCCUUUAAUUGUGUGAUGUGGUGCUAUAUAGGCUACGGCCGAUCCACUUUGUUUGAUUAAUAAAAUUUGCCUCCUCAUAGGCUACUACUUGUUCGAAUUAUGUUUUCUUCGCAGGAUUAUUUUUGUUUUGU